GUCCCUAUAAACGGUCAUGUUGACCUGAAGACCAGUCUGACCCCUCCUCUGAUUACCCAUACUGCUGCCACCCCCAUGCCCGUGCCCAAGCUGCCCGCUGUGGGUGACCCUGCCCUGGGCUACGAGUCCCGACGCGGCAGCAAUGUCUCCAUGGACCUAACCUCUUACGACAAGUCUCCGGUUAGUAUACUGUAGUACUACACUAUUACACUAUUACACUAUCAAACUACUGUGUCCUCCCAGCGGCUGGAACCCAUGUAUUAGGCUCUUUGCCCUCUCUCUGCCCCUAGAACAACUAAGACUGUAGAUAUUCAGACUAAUCCAGGGAUGGGCAACUGGCGGCCCCCCUUUUGAAGGCCCUAGAAUCAAUUUCCCCCUCAUGAUUAGUUUUUGUUUUUGUUUUUUGGGGCCCAACCCCCAUCAAAGUUGUCCAUCCCUGGUCUAACCUGUCUGGAUGAUAUUCAAUGUGACAGCUAUGAUGAUUAAUGAUGAUUAAUAUGACCUGUCAUCAGCUUAACUCUCUGGGCACUUACUGAUGCCGUAGCCAAACCCACUGUGCCAUAGCUACACUUACUGUUGGCAGUUAUGACUGAUGCCAGCCACAUUGAUAACUGGUGCCAGCUAUAGUAAUGACCACUGAGCAUUGAGGAUAAUCUGAUAAUUAAGGCAAAAACCUGUAGUAACAACAUCUAAAGUUCCAUAUACUGUAGUUUUCCAUAUACUAAAGUUGCCCAAAUGUUACAAAGGUUCCCUAAAAAGGGGAUUUUGUUCACUUAUUUUUUGUGUUCAUACCUUCUCUCUUUCUCUCCCCUCUCCCCCAUCCAUCUCGCUCUCUCUCCAGACCAGUGCCCGUAGCACCUCCCCUUACGCCCCAUGGAGCUCUGCCAGUGGCUGGACCAGCCGUCGAUCAAGCUGGAACAGCUUAGGCCGUGCCCCCUCGCUCAAACGAACAAAGCUUCAAUCUGGCGAACGGCGGUCGCUCCUCUCCGGAGAGAGAGGGUCCAGUUCGGAGGAUGAGGAGGGGGGAGGAGGGGGGACAUCGGAGGGGGACGAUGUGUCCCUGUGUCGUACUGACUCCAUGUCCCAGUCCCAGCCCAGACACAGGAGGAUGGAGUCUGUGGAGACCAGGGGGUCCAUAGACCUGGCCCCCGACACACUGCUACAGGUGAACACACACUCACACACACACACCUGGGGAUCUAGAGACUGGCCCCCCUAAACACUGCUACAUGUGCUCUAAUUUUGUUGUGAUCAUAUAGGUAGUCCAUUUUAGGAAGUUGUCACUGGAUAGAACAGCUUUCUUCAGUGUUUUAAAAUGCCUUCAAGUACCUAUGAAUGACUGUGUUAACCAUGUUUGUAAAACUCUAGGUGCCCUACCUGUAUCGCUCAGCCAGUAUGCACAGCUCCAGACCCCCCUCGCUAGGAGGUCUGAGAGCCCAAGAACACAGUGACUGUAAUGGGAAGGGUACUUCGACCCCUGGCGGGGCCCUGGCCCAUACACAGCUCUCCCUGGAGGACAACACAGAGGACGACGCGGCAGAGGAGGAGGUGGUUGUGGGUCCUUUUGCCAGGCUGUUACGCUGGCUGGACAGGAAACAGCCAGAGUGGUGUCGACAGAGAGAUACCUGGUCCCUGUACAUAUUACCCCCAGACUCCAGGUUAGACACACACGCACAUGCACCCAUGCACGCAUACACACACAUACACUGAUGAAAGUGAUAUAAUUACAGAAUGUGCUCAUCCUUACCCAUCUGUGCAUGCAUGUCUAACAGUACCCUUGCUGUGCCCCAGUUGCAGUGGGCAGUAGGGUUUGUCCUGUUCUAUGGGUGA